AUGUUGGAGAGGCUGGCAAGUAAAUCCCGUUAUUGUUUUCUUGAUGGGUACACUGGUUAUUUUCAGAUUUGCAUCGACCCAGAGGACCAGGAGAAGACGACCUUCACUUGCCCUUUUGGGACAUUCGCGUAUCGUAGGAUGCCAUUUGGUUUGUGCAAUGCUCCAGAGCAUGGCAUUGUUUUAGGUCAUAUAGUCUCUAGGAAGGGCAUUGAAGUAGAUCCUGCUAAAGUUAGCGCUAUAUCUUCUUUAUCUUACCCCGCAUGCAUGCGGGAGGUGCGAGCUUUUCUUGGACAUGCAGGAUUCUACAGGAGAUUUAUUAGGGACUUCAGUAAGAUUGCUCUGCCAUUAUCUCAGCUACUUCAGAAGGAUGUCGUUUUUGAUUUUGAUCAGAGGUGUAUGGAGGCUUUUGACAGAUUGAAGGAGGCUCUUACUUCAGCACCUAUUAUCGGACCCCCAGAUUGGUCCUUACCUUUUGAGUUGAUGUCUUUGAAGUAUCUCCUCAAGAAGCCUGAUGCAAAGCCUAGAUUAAUCAGAUGGAUGCUUCUGCUUCAAGAAUUCGACGUAGAGAUACGUGAUAGGAGCGGGAAGGAGAACUUGGUUGCAGAUCACUUGAGCAGGAUUGAAAGAGACUUGGACCAUUCGACCAUUGAUGAUGAUUUCAGGGAUGAGCAGCUUCUACAGCUGUAG